AUGCAAGCUUUGCGUCAAGAGAUUCUGCCCGCAAGCGGGGUAGAGUUUACGACUAGCCUCCGUCUCACCCCUUCGACACUUUAUGGCGACGUCCUUCCGACCCCGCCCAAUGCCACAGCUCGCCAGGAAUUCGCGGCUCGAGCGCUCUGCAAUGUCGUCGUGGCGCGCUCAAACAUCCUGCGUAUUUUUGAAGUGAGAGAGGAGCCGGUGCCUAUCCCGGAUAACAUAGAAGAUGAACGGGAGAAAAGAGGGCGCGUUCGGCGAGGGACAGAGGCAGUGGAGGGAGAAGUCGAGAUGGACGAGCAGGGGGAGGGAUUCGUGAAUAUGGGCGCAGCAAAGAAUGAUAGCGCGUACGCCAAUACUCGUACGCGCCUGUACCUGAUCCGUGAACACCGCCUACAUGGCACGGUCACAGGCAUGGAGUCCGUCAAAAUAAUGUCCACACUAGAAGAUAAGCUGGACAGACUACUGGUUUCCUUCAAAGACGCGAAGAUUGCCUUGCUGGAAUGGUCGACAGCCGUCCAGGAUCUCAUAACUGUGUCAAUCCACACAUAUGAGCGUGCGCCACAGUUGAUGUCCCUCGAUGCUCCUCUCUAUCAAUCACAGCUCCGCGUAGACCCGCUUUCUCGUGUUGCCGCGCUCUCGCUGCCGAACGACGCCCUCGCGAUACUUCCAUUCUACCAAAGCCAGGCCGAACUGGACGUGCUAGACCAGGACCAAAGCCAGAUUCGGGACGUUCCGUAUUCGCCGAGUUUCAUCCUCGACUUGACAGCGGAGGUGGACGAGCGAAUCCAUAACGUCAUAGACUAUGCCUUCCUCUCAGGAUUCAACAAUCCGACGGUUGCCGUGCUAUUCCAGCCGCAGCAGACAUGGACCGGUCGCCUCAAGGAAUACAAGGACACUGUGAAGCUGUUUAUCUUCACACUGGACCUGGUUACCCGGACCUAUCCGGUGAUCAAUGCUAUUGAAGGGCUUCCGUAUGAUUGCACUGCCUUGAUAACUUGUGAUGCCUCGUUGGGAGGAGUAGUCGCCCUCACUACCAACUCCAUCAUCUAUAUCGACGCCACCGCUCGCAAACUCAUCCUACCGGUCAACGGCUGGGCAUCGCGAGUGAGCGACUUGCCAUUGCCUGCGUUGUCCCCAGAGGAGCAGGAGAGGAAUCUCCAGCUGGAAGGCAGCCGGUGCAUUUUUGUGGACGAACAUAUGAUGUUUCUCGUACUGCGGGACGGUCUGGUGUAUCCAAUAGAAUUCGUGCUGGAGGGCAAAACCGUCACGAAAUUAUCGAUGGCUUCCGCGCUGGCUCAGACCACUAUUCCGUCAACCAUCAGGAAAGUCGGUAACGAGUAUAUCUUCGUCGCGAGUGCUGUAGGACCUUCCGCCCUUCUGAAGGCAUCCAGAGUCGAAGAAAUAGUCGUGGAGGAUGCCCCAACUGCGCCUUCACCGGCGACUGUCGUUACUGCCGCGGAUAAAAUGGAUGUCGACGAGGAUGAAGGAAAACGUUCUGUCGUCCAUCUCUCACUUUGCGAUACUCUCCCUGCCCAUGGGCCCAUAUCCGACAUCACAUUCUCAGUAACCAAGAAUGGCGAUCGACCAGUAUCUGAGCUAGUGGCCGCAACCGGAGUCGGUGUGCUCGGCGGCUUCACUCUCUUCCAGCGAGACCUACCUACUCGAGUCAAGCGCAAGCUGCAUGCAAUCGGUGGUGGUCGGGGCAUGUGGGCGCUGCCCCUCCGUCAAACCGUCAAGAUCAACGGAAGUUCAUAUGAUAAAGCCAGAAACCAGGCGGAGAACGACACCAUCAUCGUUAGCACAGAUGCAAACCCGUCGCCGGGCUUGUCUCGUGUGACGAAGACAGACAUAACCAUCACCACCAGGAUACCUGGCACUACAAUAGGCGCUGCACCAUUUUUCGGCCGAACGGCUAUUUUACAUGUGAUGAGCAACGCUAUCCGAGUGCUCGAACCUGAUGGCACUGAACGUCAGGUCAUCAAAGACCUCGAAAACCAAAUGAGCCGGCCCAAAAUACGAUUCUGUAGUAUCUGUGAUCCGUUUGUUCUCAUCAUCAGAGAAGACGAUUCUUUGGGACUGUUCAUCGGCGAACCGGAGCGCGGCAAGAUCAGGCGCAAGGACAUGUCUCCUAUGGGUGAAAAGACCUCUCGUUAUCUAGCCGGGUGCUUCUAUAGCGAUGCCAGUGGUCUUUUCCGGACACAGUCACCAAUUCGGUCCCGAUCGCGCAGUGCCAAUGCUAUGGACACGCCGGCUACUACAACGCUUCAAACGAUCCUGGACGCGGGCACUAAAAGUCAAUGGCUGGUACUCGUGCGACCGCAGGGAGUAUUGGAGAUUUGGACCUUACCCAAGUUGACGUUGGUCUUCUCGACAUCAGCUAUUGCCACGCUCCAAGACGUGCUUGUAGAUUCAUCCGACCCACCUGCACUAUCUUUGCCGCAGGAUCCUCCACGCAAACCACAAGACUUGGACAUAGAGCAAGUACUUAUGGCACCCCUAGGGGAGUCAUCGCCGAAGCCGCAUCUCUUCGUAUUCCUGCGCUCCGGCAUAUUAACUGUUUACGAAGCGUUCCAACUGGAUCAGGCGCCCGUGGAACAAUCUGCAACAAGAGCCUCGUUGAUGGUACAGUUCGUCAAAGUUGCUUCUCGAGCUUUCGACAUUCAGCGUGCCGAAGAGACGGAGAAGACUAUUUUGGCUGAGCAGAAGAAAAUCCUGCGGCAGCUCAUUCCAUUUGUCACAUCCCCCUCUUCGGGAGUAGUCUACUCGGGGGUCUUCUUCACCGGCGAUCAUCCGUCGUGGAUCUUAGCUACCGACAAGAGCGGAGUUCGAAUCCAUAGCUCAGGACACAACGUUGUCCACGCUUUUACCUCGUGUUCAUUAUGGGAAUCGAAAGGAGACUUUCUCCUCUAUUCUGAUGAGGGCCCGAGUCUGCUGGAGUGGAUCCCAGGCGUGCAAAUCACUUCGGAGCUGCCUUCACGAUCAGUUCACAAGGGCAGAGCAUAUUCCAAUAUCGUAUAUGAUUCUUCGACUUCACUGUUGGUUGCCGCCAGCGUCAGGCAGGCGAAGUUCACAUCUUACGACGACGACGGCAAUUGUCUCUGGGAGCCGGAUGCGACAAAUGUCUCAUACCCUACAUGUGACUGCUCGUCAUUAGAAUUACUUUCCCCUGAAACAUGGUCUGUCAUGGACGGGUAUGAAUUCGCUCCCAACGAAUUCGUGAACACUAUGGAAUGUGUGGCUCUGGAAACGCUGAGCACGGAGGCGGGUACCAAAGAGUUCAUUGCCGUAGGGACAACUAUUGACCGUGGCGAGGACCUUGCUGUCAAGGGUGGCACUUAUAUCUUCGAAGUCGUCGAAGUCGUCCCUGAUCCAUCCUCUUCUUUCAAACGGUUGUACAGACUAAAGUUGCGCUGCCGAGACGACGCCAAGGGUCCGGUGACAGCAGUUUGCGGUUUGAAUGGGUACCUAGUGUCGUCUAUGGGCCAAAAGAUCUACGUUCGAGCCCUGGACUUGGACGAGCGGCUAGUCGGAGUGGCGUUCCUAGAUGUUGGCGUCUCCGUCACAUCUCUACGCUCCCUCAAAAAUCUGCUCUUGAUAGGAGACGCGGUGAAGAGCGUAUGGUUUGUGGCAUUUCAGGAAGAUCCUUACAAGCUCGCCAUCCUAGCAAAAGACAUUCAUCCUCACUGCGUCACCAACGUCAAUUUCUUCUUCACAGAUAACCAGCUGUCGAUUGUGACGAGCGACGAAGAUGGGAUAGUGCGGAUGUACGAGUACGACCCACACGAUCCUGAGUCUAAGAAUGGUCAAAUCCUUCUGUGUCGUACGGAAUUCCAUGGUCAAGUCCAAACAUCCACUUCUUUGGUCAUAGCAAGACGGACGAAGGACGAUCCUGUGAUUCCUCAGUCGAAGCUUAUCUAUGGGUCAAUUGACGGAUCACUCACGGCACUCGUGCCCGUUGAGGAGUCUGCGGCCAAGCGGCUGCAGCUCCUACAGGGACAACUCACGCGUAACGUCCAGCACGUUGCUGCGCUGAAUCCCAGAGCCUUCCGGAUUGUCCGCAACGAUUACUUCUCAAAACCCCUCACGAAGGGGAUACUGGACUAUAACCUGCUGAUGCACUUUGAGAGCCUUCCCAUAGAUAGGCAGAACGAGAUGACCAGGCAGAUCGGAACGGAGAGGACUGUCGUUCUGCGGGACUGGAUGGCUGUCGGAGGGGCAUGGUAG